CAUGCAGGUAAAUUAAUGAGCUGCCAGCAAGGGUCAAUGUUCAAGCCAUAAACCUUGCUGUUUCGAGUCCUUUGACAAGCUAUUGAUAUCUAGACCAUGAUGGCGGCAGUUACCACUAACAUAGUCAACGGCAUUCCUUUUCCUGUUCUCGUUGAUCAAGCUAAAUAUGAUGCCUUGAGAGACUUUCCCCUUCGCUCUGAUGACUUCUUUCUAGUGACUCACAUAAAGUCUGGAACGACUUGGCUCCAACAGAUAUCAAAACUUGUAAAAAUUAAGGGAGAAAAAACCUUCAUUAAAGACGAGGACAAGCACAUUUUUGAAACCUGUCCAUGGUUUGAAGUGAUUGGAAAAGAAGCUGCAAUGUCAGUUCCUUCUCCUCGUCUCUUUAAAACUCACCUACCCUACCAUAUGAUACCAGGAGGGGACCCAGCUAGCUCAGUUGCUAAGUUUAUAUAUGUGGCUAGGAACCCAAAAGACGUUGCUGUAUCACUAUACCAUCACUCUCGUCUGUUGACUCAUUGCGAAUUUGAUGGAGAUUGGGAUUGUUUUUUUGAACUUUUUAUGGAAGGAAAAUGUGAGAUGGGUAGCUGGUUUGAUCAUGUUUCUGACUGGUGGAAACACAGAGAUGCUGAAAACAUUCUGUUCCUAAGGUAUGAGGACAUGAAGAAGGAUCUCCCAGGGGCAGUGAAGAGUAUAUCACAGUUCAUGGGAUAUGAUCUUGAUCAGGCUACAAUAGAGAGUAUUGCUGAGCAGAGCUCAUUUGAAAGCAUGAAGGCAAAUCCUCUGGCUAACCCUCAACAUUUCGAGCCUCUUAAGAAUAAUUUCAAAGAUACUGGUGGGAAUUUUAUACGUAAAGGAAUUGUGGGUGAUUGGAAGAAUCAUUUCAAUGAGGAACAGUUGGCAAGAUUUAAUGCUGAGUAUGCUAAAAAGAUGGCUGGAACUGGUUUAGAAUAUGAUUGAGAUUAGAAGAGCCUCUAAUUAUUAUCUACUCUAGAUUCUUGAUUUGGUUGAUUUUAAAAUUUUUCUAUUAAUUAAUUAUUUUUAAA